AUGAGGGCUACUCGUACGUUGCCGCACCUGUUUCGAAGGUCGCCAUGCCUUGGCCCUUCGGCUUCCAGGUCUUGUCUACCAAAUUGGCGACGCACCUACAGUAUCCAGCCAGCCCAGCCUCUCUCAUCGGAUGACAUCAAGGCUGAGAUGCUGGGACGCCCAGCUCAAUGGAUACGGGACAUCUUAUCACCGACCAAUUCCACCUUGCUCAACAUUGUCCUCGCGGACUUGAUACCCAGAGAGUGCCUAGCAAAGGGUACGAAUAUCAAGAGUAUCUCAAAGAAGAAUGAGCUUCCCGACGGCCACCAUCUUGUGUACUUCCCGCUCCAGAAGACCCUUUUGGAAUUGUGCCCCGACGGCACAGAUCCGUCUCACAGCCCCGGCGAUCCAUUUGUGCGGCGCAUGUGGGCCGGUGGCUCCAUCGACUUCAACAGAAAUUUCAAGCUGAGCUCGGCCUCCGUUGAUUGCAAGGAGAGCAUAGAAGACGUCACUUUCAAAGGCCCCUCGGGCCAAGAGAAGAUAUUCGUCACCGUACUGCGCGAUUACAUGGUGAGUGCUGACCGCACCGUUAUGUCGGGCAGAGACUUGCCGAGGAUAAGGGAAAAAAGAAGCCUGGUAUUCAUGCGCGGUUUGGGCAAAGAGCAGGCUCGCGAAAAUCUCGUAAAGUCGGAAGGAGAAAGAGAUAGGAUCGUCAAGGCUUCCAAUGAGCCCGACUACUCAUUCACACUCACGCCAACACCCAGACUUCUGUUCUACUUUAGCGCGUUGUCAUUUAAUUCACACUCCAUCCAUUUGGACACCGAGUACUGCCGGAAAGUAGAGGGCCACCGCAACUUACUAGUACAUGGACCUCUCUCCCUCAUCCUAAUGCUUAGCGCAGUCAAGUCGCAACUUAAAAAGGAGGAAAAAAUCGUGAAGAUCGAUUAUCGGAACCUAGCUCCUCUCUAUGCUAAUGAGCCUUUACGCGUUUGUGUUAGGCGCGUCGAGGAACCACAUGACGGCACACAACGAGAUUGGGAGGUUUGGGUAGAAGAUCGGGAUGGAGGCCUUGCGGUACGAGGUACUGCUAGAACUGAUCUAAAAUAG